CGCAGGAUACUAAAGAAAUCUCAGAUGCAACCAGGAGAAACUUAGCACUGCGAUUCCGGGUCGUUGAUCGAGAUCGACCAAUACUUAUCUUCCUGAAUCCGGGCAGGUUUCAGUGUCUGCGUCGAUGCCCACGCUUCUAUUUUAAUCGCAGCAGCCGCUCCGGUCCGAAGCCAAGCCAGCGACAUCUACUGGCUUCUCAUGGCCAGGAGAGGCAGGGAUCGAAUCCUGCACCGGCGCCGGCGCCGGCCGCAGGCGGCGCAUGAUGAUAAUCGGAUUAGCGCCCUCUCCGACGAUCUCCUCCUCGUCAUCUUGCGCCGUCUCGACACCCGCACGGCGCUCGGCGCCGGGCUGUUCUCCAGGCGCUGGGCUCGCCUCGUUCGGGAGCUCCCAGCAAUUGACUUCAGAGUCGACGACAUACUCCCGCCGCGCUACCGCCGAUUGGUCCACCUCCACCGCGCCAGCAAGGUGACCGAUUUACAUUACAUAGUCGGCACGGCCAAGGUGGAGGAAGCCAUGCCUGACAUCAGGAGGCACGAGCGCCGCGCCAUGCGCGCCUUGACCAGCUCCGUAGAGAACUUCUUGGGCGCUCAACCGGCCGACGACAUCCUCUGCCGCCGCAAGGUCAACAGGCUGAGGGUAGAGUUCUUCGCCACCAACAACACCGGCUGCAUCAACCGGCUCAUCACCAAAGCCAUCGACGCUUGGGGGCUGGAUGAUCUCGAGGCCAUUGCAAAGCCAAUCUACUGGCAAAACCCAACCAUCCAUGCCUUCCCCAGCCAGGGCCUCUGCGAGGAACAACUCUCGGCGUCACGCCUGCGAAGCCUCAAGCUCGGAGGCUGCAUGAUGCUCCCACCGCUGCACCAGCACGGCGCGCUCACCACGCUCGUCCUGCAAGACCUGCCGAUGUCGACGCCUGAGUCGGCCUACGAAGGCAUCUUCACCUCGUGCCCGCAGCUGCAGGUGCUUCACCUCAUCUCCUGCCAAUGCGUAGACGUCGGGGAGUUGAUCGUGGACGCCCCCAUGUCAGAGAUGAGGGAGCUCGUUGUGGACAAAUGCGACCUAUUCACACGGAUAGGCUUGUGGGCUCUUCCCAGGCUCGAGAGGCUAGCCUCCUUGGGAACCAGGGUGCGCUUCGAGUCCACCUCGUUUCCCUGCCUCAGGCAAUGCAACAUCGCACUGUGCCUAGGCGACAGACACGAUCCAACUCGCCAGUACUUUGCGUCACGCACGAGGCUGAAGCUUGGCAUGUUUCUGGGAUGCACUCCGGACAUAACCGACCUGGUUAUUCGGUUCACUGGAGCUGAUAGAUGGAUCGGGCCAUCCAGUUCCUCCCCAUCAUCGUCAAUGCUGCCCAGUCUGAGGCGGUUGCUGAUCGCCGACGUGCCGCGGUCCUGGGACGUCUCGUGGCCUCGCCUCCUCCUUGAGACGGCGCCAUGCCUGGAGAUCCUUCAUAUCCACAUCGCCCUGCCGGGCGAAGAGGAAGAUGAACUCAGCGGCGAGAUACCGUGGCAGCCCACCAUGCUUGCCCACCAUCAUUUGAGGGAGUUUGUAAUGGUUGGUUUCGAGGGGACGGUGAGGCAGCUUUACCUUGUCAGGUUUGUCUUGGGAGUAUGCUGCACGGCGUUGCGCCAUGUCGGUAUGUUCAAGAAGGGGCAGGUUCGGGACAAGGGGCACUGGGACUGGGAGAUGGUGACGCAGCAGCACUCAGAGUGGACCGACGAGGAGAAGGACAAUACAUUGAAGCAGAUCAUGACUGGGAUUCCUUCUUGUUCCUCAACGGCAUCUCAAUUUCAACUAGUUUUAGUCUGAAUUAAUUUCUUUUGUAUUUUUUGUUUAUGCAUGACUUGAAAUUGUGCGUGCGUCUAGUGAUGCACAGUCUUCUCUGCUAUUUUAGUCGAUGCGAUUUGUAAGGAAUCAGGCCGCUCGAAACUUUGAAUUGUAUUACUAAUGUAGCACAGA